GGAAAGCCAUGCCGUGGAAUGGAGCACUGUUAUGGCUGCCACGGUGGAUGUCACUCAUGCAAGUGACGGUGAGCUUAACCCUCCCGCACUAGGUGCUUCAUCCUGAGCACAGCACAGCCCCCCAAGGGAUGUCCCCCGGAUCUUAGUAAUUCCGAAAUGCCAGCCGGCUUGCCCAAACUUAUCCUUUACGUUGAGAAAAUGCGGUGAGUUCCUGUCUGCUCAGGGGAUUUUAUUACUUGUUUAUGCAAACAGCAGGUUGCAUAAGAGCCUUGCCAGCUUUUUUUUUUUCAAGUGAUUUCGUAGUUUCCUGGUAACCAUUCAGUCAUCUAUUUCAACACCCCCGUGACAUAAAGUCGAGGGCUGAGCCACACGGUUGCCACAGCCGGCCUCUCCCGGGCACUGGCGAGCGAGGGAGCGCUGCGCCCUGCCGCGGCCCGGCCCGGCCCACUCAUGAGCGUCCAGGACCACUUUCUGGUCAUCCACGGCAAGAACUGCUGCGUCUUCCGAGACGAAUGCAUCGCCAAGGUGCUGGCGCCCGUGGUGGGGCUGGAGUUCGUGUUUGGGCUCCUGGGCAACGGCCUGGCCCUGUGGAUUUUCUGCUUCCACCUCAAAUCCUGGAAAUCCAGCCGGAUCUUCCUGUUCAACCUGGCCGUGGCUGACUUUCUCCUGAUCAUCUGUUUGCCCUUCCUGACGGACAACUACGUGAAGAAAUGGGACUGGAAGUUCGGGGACGUCCCCUGCCGGCUGAUGCUCUUCAUGCUGGCCAUGAACCGGCAGGGCAGCAUCAUCUUCCUCACGGUGGUGGCCGUGGACCGGUACUUCCGCGUGGUGCACCCCCACCACGCGCUCAACAAGAUCUCGAACCGCACGGCGGCCGUGGUCUCCUGCCUGCUGUGGGCCGUCACCAUCGGCCUGACGGUUCACCUCCUGCGCAACUCCAUGCUCACCCAGAACGGCCCCGCCAAGCUGUGCAGCAGCUUCAGCAUCUGCCACACUUUCCAGUGGCAUGAUGCCAUGUUCCUCCUGGAGUUCUUCCUGCCCCUGGCCAUCAUCCUGUUCUGCUCCUUCCGGAUCAUCUGGAGCCUGCGGCAGAGACAGAUGGACAGGCACGCCAAGAUCAGGCGAGCCAUCAACUUCAUCCUGGUGGUGGCCAUCGUCUUCGUCAUCUGCUUCCUGCCCAGCGUGGCCGUGCGGAUCCGCGUCUUAUGGCUCCUGCACACCUCGGGCACGCAGGACUGCGAGAUGUACCGCUCGGUCGACCUGGCGUUCUUCAUCACGCUCAGCUUCACCUACAUGAACAGCAUGCUGGACCCCGUGGUGUACUACUUCUCCAGCCCCUCCUUUCCCAACUUCUUCUCCUCGCUCCUCAACCGCUGUCUCCGGAGGACGCUGCGGGAGCCAGAAAACAACCGCAGCACCAGCGUGGAGCUCACUGGGGACCCCAGCAGCGGCAGAGGCGCCCCAGACGCGCUGAUGGCCAACCCCAGCGAGCCCUGGAGCCCCUCUUCUCUGGCCCCCAGCUCACGUUAAAUAACGGGGCUGCGGAGAGACUCACCAAGCGUCAAGCCCACUGCAGGGACACAUGGUGACAUCGAUAGACUCGGCCUGCGGUUUCCUGGACCUUCCAGAUUCAGAGAAGCAUAUUUAGACCGUGCGGCCGAGUGUGGGAGACUCGACUGCAAACUAUGACCACAGAAAGUUUUGGGGAACAGAGAACUAGGCUCUGAGACAGUUGAAACUUCUGCCUCAGCUCUGGCACCUGAAGACGGACAGAGCACCCACGUUUCUGUCCGCACAGCUUCAGUCCCACCCUUCAGCGCCUGCGCUGCACGGCUCCGUCCUCCCCCUGCCUGAGACUUGGAUGACCCUCAGCUCCCAGGGUGAUCUCAAGCUUUUGUGCACCCCAGCAGGGACAGAGAGAGUCGAGAGACUGGGGGAGAAUCUUGCGGUUCUGGAGGGGGCCCAGGCAGCCCUAAGAAGCCAGUCAUCACCCGGGUCCCACAGCCCAAUUCACUCCCGGCCCCGCAUUGGCAGAAACGGACAAGGCAGACGUCCGGAAGCUCCUAGUGGUACCUGAGUUCCCAGGGGUGGUGAGAAGGGGGUGAGCCCUAGGAGGGAUGGAGCUGACCAGUGUUAAGGGACAGCAGUGGCCCUAGUGCUACAACCGGUGACUGAUCCAUCCCACCCUUGUUCACACUCAGCCGAGGGCUGAGCAGGUGAAAGGCCUCAGGGAGGCGAGUCACUUCCCGCCUGUUUGCUUUUAUCACUAAUGAGAAAUGUGCUGCUGCCCUGAAAUGUGCUCCAGCGGUGGCUGGAGGGGACCAGUUCCUCCUGGGUCAUUUGCUUGUGUUUUGCUCUUAAAUCUACUAUUUCAAUAAAUUUUGAAA